GGGUUAUUAUAACCUUGGUGUUCUAUAUCUAAAGGGUAUUGGUGUAAAGAGGGAUGUGAUGACAGCAUGCAAUUAUUUUCUUCGUGCAGUAAAUGCUGGGCAACCAAAAGCUAUUUAUCAAGUGGCAAAGUUGUUCCAAAAAGGAAUUGGUCUUAAGAGGAACCUCCAUAUGGCAACAGUUUUGUACAAGUCUGUUGCUGAGAGGGGCCCCUGGAGCUCGAUGUCUAGGUGGGCUCUAGAAUCUUAUUUAAAAGGCGACAUAGGGAAGGCAUUGCUCUUAUAUUCUAGAAUGGCAGAUCUUGGGUACGAGGUUGCCCAAAGCAAUGCCGCCUGGAUUCUUGAUAGAUAUGGCGAUGAACAUAUUUGCAUGGGAGAAUCUGGCUUCUGUUCAGAUAUGGAAAGACAUCUCCGUGCACAUGCUUUGUGGUGGCAAGCAUCUGAGCAGGGUAAUGAGCAUGCUGCUCUGUUGAUUGGCGAUGCCUACUACUAUGGCCGGGGUGUAGGGAGGGACUAUGAGCGUGCAGCAGAGGCAUAUAUGCAUGCUCAAUCACAGUCUAAUGCCCAGGCCAUGUUUAACCUUGGGUACAUGCACGAGCACGGUCAUGGACUUCCCCUUGAUCUGCACUUGGCAAAAAGAUAUUAUGAUCAGGCUGUGGAGGUGGAUUCAGCAGCUAAGCUUCCUGUCAUGCUCGCACUAACUAGUCUAUGGAUAAGGAAAAACUAUGCUGGCAGUUUUAUGGUAAGACAUUAUUUUCUCUUUGUAUGGCUUAGUUGCAUACAAGAAAUAGGAAGUAUCUGUAUAGUUCACUUGUAGGUGUUUUCAAGUUCG